AUGGAUUUAUCAGAAGGAAUCUCGCUUUUUUUCGAACAAACUCCAUUUAAAAACUGGUUUCCCACCAAAUGCCUAGAAUAUUUGGAAAAUAAAUCCUUAGAUUUUAGAACGUCUGACAAAGAAUUAGUUCAAACCGAAUUCAAGAGUCAUGUCCAUUCAUUAAUGAAUCAUAAAGCAGUAACGAAAUCUGCACAAAAAAAGGCUAAAAGACUUUUGGAUGAAGCGGAUCUAACGUUUGAAUCCGAAGAAGUUAUAGCGAUUUUUAAAAGAAUGGACACAAAGUUAUUAUUUGUAAAAAAAUCACUGUUCGAUACGGAAGUUCAGCUUACUGUUGAAGACCACAAAAUACAUACUGCAUCAUCUUCGAAAUUACAUACUUUAGGAACAGAAAUCCCAGGUAAAGCUUCCAAACGGAAACGUGAAAUAGAUGAUCAAAUUGUAGUGGAUGGUGAUGAAAAUCGGGCCAAGAAAACCGGAAGUGGAAGGGAUAUUCCAAGCUAUCGUGAAUUUUUAGGCAAAACAUCAGUUUCGGAUAUAAUAGUCAAAGGGAAUGAAGAAGAAAAUGUUAUUCAAUAUAAUGAGAAGCCAACUUCACAGUCAGAUAACGAUUCCGGCGAUCAUGAAGAGUAUCAAGAUUAUGAAAAAAAUGUAUCCGAUUAUGAAGAGUGCUUCGAAGAAGAAAUUCCAUCUAACAUGGCUUCAGCUGAUACCAUUGGAAGUUGGAUUUUGUCGAGUGGUAAGGAUGUUGGCGAAGAAUUAUCCAAAUACCGUGAAUAUAUUCCUCGCACAAAGGCAUAUCUUUAUCCGGUUUAUUUCGGAAUAUUGGAUCUUUCCGGUGAGGAUACAGAAGUAAAGAAUUUGUUUACAAAUGACGAAUGGAAUGAGAUGAUCAAGGAUUUUAAUAAUAAUGUAAAAUUAAGUGAUAUGGAAGAUGAACAAGAGAGGCCCUUUUAUGAGCUAAUGGACAAAAUUUCUGAGGUAUUGAUGAAGAAACCUACUGAUCUAAUUACUGGCAUUGAAAGCUGUGUGAUUGAAGACAAUAUAAAAGUAAAUACAAUCAGAAGACUUAUUCAGACAUAUACAUACAAUCUUCAACGCUUGCAAUUGCCAAUGUCUGAAGUUGCCUUUGGAAGUAAUUUCACUAACGCAAUUACAAAAGGAAUAUUGACCUUUGAUCGAAUCUAUCAUUAUGAAGAAGGUGAGAUCCAAGGACUUGCUUUAUCAGUAAUUACCAACAUGAAAUCCAGGCCUACCGAUAGAAGCUUAAUUGGUCAGAAAGUAGACUUUAGAGUUAGCAAAGAUCAAUUUGAAAUGUUGAUUGGAUUAAGAUCUGGUGGCCUUCCCGCAUCACCGAAAAGCAAAAAAUGGAUGGAUAAGGUGGAUCUAUCAGUCGCGUUACGGGACGUGUUGAUAAACGAAGGAAUAGAAAAUAAUGGCGUAAAACCAGAAAAAUUUCGCAAACUUUUUACUCUAGGGAUACACACAUUCAAUUAUAAUUAUAACAUAUACGGAUUGGAUUGGAAAACAAGAGGUGUUUGGCGUCUAGGUUUGCUUCAAAAGGUUAAGCUACCUUUGUCAAUUGAUAAUUUGCACAUUAUAGAAAAACUUAUUAUAUCUUUGAUGCGUAUUGAGGCAAAAUUAUAUCGUUUCCGACGAACAUCAACAUAUGUCAUGGAUUAUUUAAUUUGUGAAUACGGUCGCAUAACUCGCACAAGAAAGGCCAAAGAACAAGUUUGA